CCAUGCAAGAAACGGCGAGAGGAAGACACUUCUGUAAAAACGAUCACAAGAUAUUUUUCACCGUUAGCAAAACCAGUGGAUAAAGUGUUGUCACUACCAAAAUCCAACAAUAUAUUGGAUUAUUUUAAAAAGAUGAAACCUACAUUACCAGUUGUAGCUGGAGAAAAUAAAACACCGUUGGAUGCUGGUGACAAAGACUGUAAGUCACCUUUUAAACCACCUUUAAAGCGGAAGAGGAAAGGUAAGAGAGUUAAUUUAAAUAAUAAGCUAAAAGAGAUGAAAGAAUCUGAGAAUGAACAUGAAAUAGAAAUUAGUAGUGAUGACAGCAGAGAAACAACAGGACUGAAACAAGACAGUAAUGAUUUUAUUGCUACUUGUACUUUAGUUGACCAAAAAUGUGUAAGAGAAUUAGCAGAAGAUAAUGUGCAGAGCGAGAACUUCUCAAAUGCUGUCAUCUACAGAAAAAAUGUGAAGAAAGUUGGUUCUGAAAUAAAUGGAACAAAAAAUAGGAUAAGAAAAUCAAGGAAAAGGAAGCACAAAGUAAAUAUGGAUUUGUCUGACAGUUUUUCAUCUGAAAACCAGCUGAAUGAAAAGUGUAAAAAGGAAAUUGAAGAUAAGAAAAAGAUGAUAUCUCCUACAAUAGCAGAGUGCGACACUACUAUUAGUGACUCCAGUUUUGAAGUUCAUAUGGAUGACAAGACAUCACAGGUAAAUAAUAGUAUAAUAACAGUGUCAUUUGAGGACUUCUUGAAGAGUCAGGGAGAAAAUAAUGUAGAUCAUGUUGAAGAAGACACAAAGCCAACAAUGGACAAUUCUGCUACAGCAAAUGAAAUGGACAAAAGUGAUAGUAUUAGCGACCCAGAAAAGUGUGAGGAAUCUCAACAGCUACCACUUAGAACAGUAACUGUCCUUGCACAAGUUCAUUCCGUUCCCCCAAAAUUAGCUCCUUUACAUAAGGAGCAAAAAGGCUCUAGGAAAAUAGCUUCCAUUUUUUUGAAGCAGAAAGGAUGUGUAGGAGAGAAAGAAAGUAGCCCACCCCUCUUGGACAGUGAACAAAUUGAACAGGUUACUCAGAAAAGAAAGUCUAAUGUAGUUAUUGAGGAAGAAGAAUUAGAGUUAGCUGUACUAGAGACCGCAGGGUCAGAUUCUUUGAAGCCAAAAUGUACUCUGGAAGAAAGGCAUCAGUUUAUGAAGGCGUUUAGACAACCAACAUCAGAUGUAAUAAAAAGUGGCGUUAAAAAGGCACCUGGGAAACAAAAGCAAGCCAUUGGAAAGUCUUCAAAAGAAAAAGAAGGACCUGAAGCUGACACUGCUUCAAAUAAAGGAUUAGGAAGUGGAGUACCAGAAGAUUAUGUGGACAAAUAUACACAUUCUAGUCCUGAAAACAACAGAACUAAAACCAAAAGACCUAAAAAGUUUCAGAAAAAAGGAACCAGAAGAAGAAAGGCUUCAGAAACUAAAGAAAUGAAUAUCUCAAAUACUAGCAAUUAUAAUGAAGAUGAGGAUUCAGGAGCUAAUGUUCUUACGAAGAAAAACACCUUAGAUGUAAGAACUUCAUCAAGUCCAAAAGUGAAUAAGUUAAGGAGGAGUUUAAGGCAGAAGAAAAUCAAAACAUCAAAAAAUAUUACACCUCAAAAAAACAGGAUUAGAAAUACCUUUUCUGAAGAUGAAUUAAGUGGCUGUCCUUUUCAGACUUCUACACCAAAAGCAAGCAAGCGAUCCUUGAAGAAAAGCAAUGUGUAUAAAGCCGAGAUGAUUACAGUGCCCUUUGAUGGAAACAGCCCAAUAAGAAUGAGGUUUACACGUAUCAGUGCGACUACAAAAUCAAAUAAAGCUGAAGCAAUGAAAAAUGAAGAGUUUAACUCCAAAAAUAUAAAGAUAAGCUCUACUUCUAAAAGUACUUCUACUUCCAAAGCGAAACAGCUGAUUGAAAAAGCAAAGGCUAUACGGCAUAAUAGAUCAAAGGUUAAUGAAGACUUACCAACUCCUGUGAGGCGCUCAUCUCGACAGCGAGCUCUUGCUGAAAAGAAGAAAUUACAAGAAAAUGAAGAAUCGGUAAUAAUUUUAGAUUCAAGCCUGAGUAAUGCCACUACUACAGUGCAGAAUGUGAAGCAAAAGAAUCUUCGGAGCUUAAAUGAUGUUUUGGGGAAAAAGUCUAGAAACUUGAAGGCUGCAAAGAACUCAAAUGGAAAACUGGGAUAUCCACCUUCCUUCCUAGGCAGAAAUGCUCAAAGCUCUGCAGGUGAACCAAUUGUGAUCUUCGAUGAAAGCAGCCAAGACGCAUCUGAAAAUUCUCAAGAUGAUGAUCAGUUCAGAGCAAAACGUGAAUUCUUGAUGAGUGGGUUGCCAGAGUCACUGAAAAGACAGAUUGCAAAGAAAGCAGCAGCGAUGGAAGCGUACUCUCUUGCAAGUUCAUGUUUUAAGACUGUUGUCCAUGUACAGCAGAAGGAUGACUGUUAUCCAAUGUGGAAAUUGAAAUCACCAUUGUGUCCUCUAUUAACUAAGCUAAGGAAACUGAAUACUGAAGUCACUAACGUCACUAAAAUCACUCUCUCACUUGGUGAAUUUUCCACUGUGAAUUCAAAACUAACUGGAAACUGUUCUGCACCUGUG